UUAUCCUCUCAUAAGAAAAUCAUGUUGUAAUAUAAUAUAUACUCCUCUUUUUUUAAUAUAACUACGAAUUCUGGAAGAGUCACCCUUGCUAACAAAAUCGUAUAGUUCACUUACUAAAUAUCAAUUAAUUCCCAAGGUCAAUAUUGUGGCGGCGGGAAACAAUAGAAGAAUGACAAUAUAUUGUGGUGUUGACUUUUGGAAGAUUAGAGGCACCAUACCAUGUUCGUGGAGAUCACGAAGGCAAGUUCUUAGUUACAACAUACGUGUCCAAAGAAUUUGGAACUUAUAUAUAUAAGGAAUUGAUGUACUUGUCCGUGACCAUGGUCGCAUUGCAUUCCUUUUCUAAGGAACAGUAAUAUCUGGCACAAUUCCAACCUAUAAUCAUGGCCUCCAUUCUUCAAUGUCGUGGCUGCUUUCUGAUUGCUUUUACAUGCAUCUUCGCAACAUUCAUGGGGGAGUCAAAAGUAGCAAUGGCAACAUUUCGACCAAGUAGCUGGGCUCUUGCACAUGCUACCUUUUACGGUGAUGAAACAGCUUCUGCCACCAUGGGAGGUGCAUGUGGGUACGGGAACUUGUUUCAAAGCGGUUACGGGACGGACACGGCAGCAUUGAGCUCAAGGUUGUUCAACAACGGGUAUGCGUGCGGGACAUGUUACCAGAUAAAGUGCUACCAAUCAAGUGCAUGCUAUAACAACGUGGCCUUCACAACCGUCACCGCCACCAAUCUUUGCCCUCCAAAUUGGUCCGAGCCCUCCGAUGACGGUGGUUGGUGCAACCCUCCGCGAGCCCAUUUUGACCUGUCCAAGCCGGUCUUCAUGAAAAUUGCCCAGUGGAAGGCCGGCAUAGUCCCCAUCCUAUACCGCAGAGUGCCAUGCCAAAGAAAGGGAGGGCUUCGAUUUAAUUUCCAAGGGAAUGGAUACUGGCUAUUGGUGUAUGUGAUGAACGUGGGAGGCGGAGGAGACAUUGCGAGCAUGUGGGUGAGAGGAAGCAGAACGGGAUGGAUUCAGAUGAGCCACAACUGGGGGGCUUCGUACCAAGCAUUUGCGACUCUGGCUGGGCAAUCUCUGUCUUUCAGGGUUACUUCUUACACUACUAAAGAGACUAUUAUUGCAUGGAAUGUUGCUCCUUCUAAUUGGAACUAUGGACUCACUUACUCCUCCGCUGCCAAUUUCAGAUGAAUGUAUGUAAUGUGACUAAAUAAGUCAGAAUCUGUCGCCACAACCGCAUCGGUUCCCUUGUUUAUUAGAUGAUUUUAUGUGAAGAUCAUACUUAAAAA